AUGAUAUUAUUGCAUAUAAAAUACACAGGUAUACCCAGACUCUGCGUUAUCAGUGCGGAAAUGCUUGAUUACGGAAAAAUGUUUCCAAAUGGGAAGGCCCCAUUUGUGGUAUUAAUAUUACGUGCUACAUUGCGUAAAACUGCAGAGACAACUUUGAACAUCAACAUUAAAGAGAAAAAUAACAAUCGUCCAAUAUUUAUUAAACCUUACAAAGCGGAAAUAGCGAAUGAUUAUCCUAUUAAGGGAGAAGUUAUCAAGGCGAUAGCGGAAGACGCUGACCAAGGUAACAACGGGAAAAUAGUUUACAUGCUGAAGGAUACUGAUGACUUGUUCGACAUCGAUAAUGAAACUGGGAAGAUUUUUGUAUUGAGCUCUCUAAUUUUCGACAAAAGGGUAAGUAUUCUGGUCACGGCUUUUGCCUAUGAUAAAGGUAGGCCUUGGAAAUAUUCUCACACUGUUGUUACCAUUGGCUUGAAUCAUAAGACCAACCAAUACCCCCCUGUAUUUAGCCUCAAUUAUUAUGGAACUAGCUGCUUUGAAGACAUUCACAGCGGUGCUAUCAUCAUGCAGGUCCGUGCCUACGAUCCAGAUUACGAAGACGCGCCUUUAGAUUGGAGGAUAUUCACAAAUCAUAACAAACGAAAGGUUAGACAUCUUCCCGCCUUGUGGUCGUCGUCAAGAGGAAAUAUAACUGACCAAAAAUUUGGGGACAAAGGUAGUAAUUCUUUGAACAAACACGGAAUAUAUAAUAAAAAGCUUAAAAGAGGGGAGCCUGCACCAGGUCCAGGAAAUGUAGCGUCCAUAUUUUACUCCAUUGUAGAAGGGAAUGGAAAAGAUAACGAUGUGUUCGUCAUAGAUUCCAAGCUUGGGGAUUUGAAGACGAACGAUAAAUUGGACGCCGAGACUAAAUCUAAUUACGAGCUUACCGUUCAGGCCACAGACGAAGGUGGAAGAGGCUUAAAAACCACGGUAAUGGUCUACAUUCAAGUCAAGGAUAUUAAUGAUAACCCGCCAGAAAUUAUUAGGCCCAUUCAGGCCCUUGGUGUUUCUAUGGACGCAAAGCCGGGGGAUUUGGUAUAUGUAGUAAGAGCGAUAGAUAGGGAUAUAAGCAGCGACCCGUUAAAUCCUGUCUCUUUUAAAGAAAACAUGCCAGCUCCUAGCUUUAGCUUUGAACCGGCAACUGGGGAGAUCAAAGUUGCUUCUUCAGCUCUUCAACCAGGAGAAGAAACUUUGACAAUCGAAGCUCAAGACAGAGGCGUACCACCCCUGUCAUCUACUCUUUCUAUCCCCAUAAGAAAAUAUCCCAGUGAAGCAGAAAGUCCAGAUAUUUCGGUCUACCAAAAUUCUGUUCCGGGAGCGUUUGGGGGAAGCGGAAAAAUAAAGAAUCCCAUGAUUUGGGCUAUUAUAGUAAUAAUAAUAGUCUUCUUGAUUAUAGUUAUGGUCGUAGCUGGCUACGUUUAUCAUAAGAAGAAAAAGGAAAAAUUAGCAGCUGGAAGUACAGGGAUCGGAAAAAAAUCGACCAAGGACUCGGCCAAAACACCGUCCCUUCUAGCUAAAGAAAAGGCUGAAAAAGAAAAGGGUGGUAAAGAUGAUAAAGGCAAAGAUGACAAAGGAGCGGAUAAGGAUAAAACUAAAACGGCUACUUUGAAGGUUGCUUCUGGUCUACCACCUCCACCCCCAGGGGGAGAUCCUGUUCGACCACCCGGCCCUGAUGGAAAAAUACCCACAGGUCCCCCUCCUCCCGGAGCGAUGCUACCUCCUUCAGGAGCAAGGCCUGCUGGACCGCCACCUCCACCAGGGGCAAGGCCUGCUGGCCAACCUCCACCCGGAGCUAUAUCUGGUGCCAGACCUGCUGGAGCGGGUCAGCCCAGACCUCCGAUGCCUCCUGGUACUGCACCUCCGUUAAGUCCUGGUGGGCCACCUAAACCUGUGGAUUUAUCUAAGCCCCCGCCCACAUCUGUUCCCGUCACCGCAAAGCCACCCGUUUUUGCAGGCGCUUUACCCCCACUCAAAGACACAACGGUAGCUUAUACAGACGACGCGGAUAAAUCUUACGGAUAUGAUUAUAGUUAUGGCUAUGACACCUCACAAUAUGGUGCUAGCGAUGCCUAUAGCGCAGACCCCUAUUACAAUUAUAAUUAUGGAGAAUAUUACGACGAUUACGAUUCUAAAUAUGCCUAUGACGAUAACUAUGCCUAUUCUUAUGGCGGAGAUGACUAUAACAGUGACGCUUACGGUUAUGGAACGGACCCUUAUUAUGACUACAAUUAUAAUGACUAUUAUGGGGGAGAUUAUUCCGAUUACUAUUCCGGCGGUGACUACGGGUCAUAUGGGGGUACUGAUGCAAGCGCUACAUAUGGGGGUGAAUACUCAGCCUACGAUUCUUCCGCCUAUGGCAGCGGAGCCAGUGCGGCAUACGGUUCUGACGCAUACGCCAGUUCAGCAUAUGGCACUGACGCAUAUGGCACUGACGCAUAUGGAAGUACUGCUUCAGCAGUGCAUAUGGUACAGAUGCUUAUGGAAGUGCGGCUCCUGGUUCUGAUGCUUAUGGCGGUUCGGCAUACGGGACAGACACAUAUGGAAGUACAGUAG